AUGCACGGCGUGAUGGAGAAGAAAAAUGCUCUAUCGAAGGCGAAGUGUCCUGUAGGCCGACCUAAAGGAAGCAAGAACAAGCCCAAUGCAGGAACCAAGGGAAACCUUGUAGGGAGGCCUAGGAAGGAUAGAGAGGCUGGAGCAAGCUUGUGCAGUGAACAGCGGAGUGUGACAGGCAGCACGGCAGAGUUGCGAGAGUGCGAGGAAAAUUCGCUAAGUCGCAAUGUGAGAGGCAUGCGAUUAUCCGAUGAUGUGAGAAAUUCGCAGGUAGCCACACAAAUUGAGAAUAUUGUGGUCAUAGAUGCAGCCGGUAAGAAUAAUGACGAGCACUACACUAGUGUACAACAGACGAUGGAUGCGGACAUGCCUGGUGACUCGGUAUCGGGGGAUGAUUCGGUCUCACACGAGCAAUGUCCUCGCUUUUCGCUGUUUGCUGGUUUCCAGCUGGUCGAGGACGUCCAACCAGAAUUCUCCUAUUCCGUUCCGGAUGAUGAUCCAGCUUCUUUCCUUCCAUUUGAUAGUCAUAGUGAAGAUGAGGCACAAGACAAUUUUGACGAUUUUUGUGAGGACCUUCGUCCAGCUCCGGAUGACGAAGAGACUGCAUCUGGCUCCUCGGAUGGUGUUGUUCCUGAGGAUCACGCUUCUGCAUCUGUCAGCACAGAUGAUAUGCGCAAGCAAACUCGUAUCCCACGCUCAUCAAUUCCAACUUGGCUAGCGAAGCUUUAUGCCGACACCUGUGAGCAGCUUCGAAAUGAGAUGCGCAAGAAUGUAUCUAGAAGGCCAUCUUGCUAUGACACGGGGAGCUUUAUGAUGGGGCAGAAAGCACCGAUCUUUGCCUUGGCGAAAGUUUUCCAACUCCGGCCAGCAAUGUUCUAUGAGCCACAGUUUUUUGUUUGGCUUCCUCAUUUAUUCGUCAAGAUAGUUUGUCCUGCAUGUAAAGCUGCUGGCCAUAGGCGUCCCAAUGGCGACAUGAUCACUCUUCGUUUGUCAUUGUGGAUGCAAUCACCCCAUCACAUUGUUGAUAUCAAGUACAAUAUCUAUGUCAUUGGCUACCGAUACUACUGCGGUCAUGCUGAGUGCAGAAAGGCAUAUCAGAGUUGGUCCCCGGCAAUUCUACAGAUGCUUCCUCCAGUCCUCGCAUCACAGUUCCAUUUUCAUCUAACCUAUCGUGCUGGACUUACCGACCGCCUUACUGCUAUCCUGCGGGCAUCGUUUCAAAGAGGCUUGGGCCCACAUCCAUUCACGGAGAUGAUUCGAACUUUCCAUGUUUGUUAUUAUGAGCGACUCUAUAUUCAAUACCUUGAAUUGGUCAAAUUACGUCUCAAUUCAACAAUUUCAUCGCUGCUCCUUCUGCAUGAACGAUUUGGUGCAUAG